AUGGAUCGGUAUCAGAGGAUAGAGAAGCCUCGGGAGGAAACGCCGAUCAACGAGAAUGAGAUUCGCAUCACCACUCAGGGCAGAAUCAGGAACUACAUUACCUACGCCACCACUCUCCUCCAGGAGAAAGGGUCCAAUGAAAUCUCUCUCAAAGCAAUGGGCAGAGCUAUCAACAAGACUGUCAUGAUCACUGAACUUAUUAAGAGGAGGGUUGGUGGUCUUCAUCAAAACACCUACAUUGGCUCUACUAAUAUAACUGACACAUGGGAGCCCCUGGAAGAAGGCUUGAAGACCCUGGAAACUACUCGCCAUGUUUCAGUGAUUACAGUUACUUUGUCCAAGAAGGAAUUGGACACGUCCUCUACAGGGUAUCAAGGACCUAUCCCAGCUGAUCAAGUGAAGCAAUGGACUGAAUAUGAUUAUGAAGGACAAGGACCUCCUAGUAUGCGAGGAAGCAGACGUGGUCGAGGAAGGGGUAGAGGAAGAGGGAGUUAUAGUAAUGGAGUGAUGGAAUACAAUGCUGAUGGUGGUUUGGAUGGUGGCCAGGGCUAUGGUGUGUUUGAUGGUGGUCAUGGUUAUGGUGGGUUUGAAGGUGGGCGUGGCUAUGCUGGCAGGGGUCAGAGUCGUGGAAGAGUCCGUGGUUAUCGUGGGCGUGGGCGAGGAUAUGGCAGUGGAAGUAUGCAACCAGAAUCUGGUUAUACUGUCUAUAAUGAUUAUGGAGGUGGAGCACCUUCUGCUCAAAUUCGUGGUAGAGAGCGCGGACGAGGCAGGGCAAGAGGCGGGGGUCGUGGUGGAGGUGGUAGAUUAGAUGGACCUAUCCAGAGUGUUGUGUACUCAGGAUGA